AUGAACUUAUUUUUCAAAUUUGGUUAUGCAAGUACUGAAACAAAUACUGGAAUUUUGCUCUCAGUUAUUACUUUACUUUCACUUACUAAUGAAAAGCAAAAUGAUGAUGACAAUUUAAACUUAAUAGAAGAAAUUCAAAAAUUAUUAGAUCAAUAUAAUAAUUUUACUUUUAGUGAAUUGAUGAACGCUGAGAAAACUCAAUAA